UACCCCUCGGACAAAGGUUAAUAAACAAUCAAAAUGGCCACCGAAAACCCCUUCCGAGAAGUGGAGCUGUCUCAGCAAAAACCUCAGGACGACGGCGUUUUAUUCCCUGUGGUGCUGUCUCCGAACAGUAUCACUGAUUCAACUGCAGCACAACUCUCCAGUUUCGAAGAUGCGAUCCGAGCUCAUAAGCCUUGGCUGGAGUCUCUUCUCCUCAAAAGUGGCGCUAUUCUCUUCCGAGGUUUCCCGGUUAAAUCUCCUUCCAACUUCAAAAGCGUCAUCGAAGCCUUUGGAUAUCCGGAGAUGCCUUACGAUAGCGGCGUAGCCCCUCGAACCAAAGUCAUUGAGAGGGUUUACACAGCUAAUGAAAGCCCUCUAGAUAAAGAAAUUCCUUUUCAUCAUGAGAUGGCUUACCUUCCAUUUUACCCCAACAAGUUAUUUUUCUUUUGCGAAGAAGAACCAGAAGCAGGAGGUGAAACUCCAAUAGUGUUGAGUCAUAUUGUAUAUGAAAAGAUGAAAGAAAGACAUCCGGAUUUCGUUGCGAAACUGGAGGAGCAUGGAUUGACAUAUAUAAAAAUAGCAGGUGAAGAUGACGAUCCAUCAUUCUACAGCGGCGGCGGUAGUUGGAAGUCGGCAUUCAAGACCAAUGACAAAAAUAUUGCAAAGGAAAGGGCGGCGAAGCAGGGAGCAAAGCUUGAAUGGAUGGGGAAUACUGCAAAGAUUAUUUUAAAUCCAUUGCCCGCAAUUAGGUUUGACAAGGAGAGUUGCCGGAAAACGUGGUUCAAUAGUCUUGCAGUUAGUUACGUUGGACCCGCGACAGAGAAAAUUGGCAAUCGAAAUACAUCGGUGGAGUUGGGUAACGGCGAACAAGUGGAUGAUGAUGUUGUGAAAGACCUUUUGAAAAUCAUGGAAGAAGAAUGUGUUGCAAUGCCUUGGAAGAUAGGCGAUAUCUUGCUGGUUAAUAACUUGACAGUUCUUCAUAGCCGGCGGCCACUAAUAAAGCCCCCACGUCGUAUACUGGCUUCCCUAUGCAAGUGAUUAGAAAACACCAUAUGUUUUUAUGUAAUAUUAAUGUAUUUUGUUGUGAUUAAACUUUGCAAUAUGAAUAAAGCUACAACUUGAUA